CCGAGCGACGCGCAUCACUUCAUUUGAAAUGCGAGUCUAAACGCGCGCAUGCGCUCUGCGUUCCAAAUUACCGCGAACGGAAAAACAAUUUUAGUAGUGAAUUCAAUAUUUUUUAACUCAAAUUAGUGUUUAUUAUAGUGUGUAAAUACUGUUUAGUGUGUUUUUGUGUCAAGUGUUUGAAAAAGAAGCUUUGGAUAUAACAACUAUGGCGGGCAUGAACCUACGGCUCGCGUUCGCCGUGAUAUCAUCAGCAUGCUGGUCUGCCUUCCAGCAUGGGUACAACACUGGCGUGCUGAAUGCACCACAAGCUAUAAUAUCCGACUGGCUCCAAAAAGAAGUUCUAACCGGCACCAACGUUACAAUAUCAGCCAUGGACGACCCUAAAGUAACGACCGCGAUGUCCAUAGCCGUCGCUAUAUACUGUGUAGGGGGGAUGAUCGGGGGGAUUAUUACUGGCGUCGUGGCUGACAGGUUUGGAAGAAAAGGUGGUCUGCUAAUAAACAAUGUUCUGGUCUUCAUUGCGGUGGGACUCCAGAGCACCGCAAAAUUAGCAAAUUCUGCUGAAAUGCUCAUUUUGGGAAGGUUGUUAAUAGGUGUAAACAGCGGACUGAACGCCGGCUUAGCUCCACUGUAUCUCGCUGAAAUAUCACCCGUUUCGUUACGAGGAUCGAUAGGAACAGUAUACCAACUAGUUAUAACAAUGACGAUCCUCCUCUCCCAAGUGCUCGGCCUACAAUCAGCGUUAGGCACGUCUGAGCGCUGGCCGUGGCUGCUAGCGGUGAGCGCUGCGCCCGCACUCAUACAGGCGGCCACGCUGCCUCUGUGUGUCGAGUCGCCCAAGUACCUGCUGCUCAAUAAGGGACAGGAGUUGCACGCGCAGAGAGCUCUCAACUGGUUGAGAGGAGACGUAUCCGUCCAUGGCGAGAUGGAAGAAAUGCAUCAGGAAGCAGAAAAAAACAAAAUCUCCAAGAAAGUCACACUCCGCGAAUUAUUCGGCAACAGACAGCUUCGACAACCUCUUCUCAUUUCCAUGGUGAUCAUGAUAGCUCAGCAGCUGUCAGGGAUUAACGCUGUCAUCUUCUACUCCACGACUAUCUUCUAUAAAGUUCAGUUGACUACUGCUCAAGCGCAGUAUGCUACGCUCGGCAUGGGCGCCAUGAACGUAGUGAUGACAGUGAUAAGUCUGGUGCUAGUGGAGGUGGCGGGACGCAAGACGCUGCUGCUGUCAGGCUUCGCGGGCAUGUUUGUGUGCACCGUCGGACUGUGUGUCGCUAAUAUUUAUGCUCAAAUCUCCUGGGUAUCGUACUUGUGCAUCGCUCUAGUGAUCCUCUUCGUAGUCAUGUUCGCUGUAGGACCCGGCUCUAUACCCUGGUUCUUAGUCACUGAGCUAUUCAACCAAUCAGCGCGACCGGCGGCGACGUCAGUAGCCGUCACAGUGAACUGGACAGCCAACUUUAUUGUAGGACUCAGCUUUUUGCCGCUCUCCUCGGCCUUAGGACCCAACGUAUUCAUCAUCUUCGCGGUACUACAACUCUUAUUUAUAAUGUUCAUUUUCUUCAAAGUUCCCGAAACUAAGAACAAGACUGUCGAAGAAAUUACAGCUAUGUUUAGACAACAAAUGUAAGGUUGUGUGUGUGUGUGGAAUGUAUGUGUGGGUAGGAUGGUACUAUUUAAAAUGGUAGGUAUUUAAAAGAAGUAUUUUUGAUUGUUUUUAGGAUUCCGUACCCAAAGGGUAAAACGGGACCCUAUUGUUUUCGCUCCUCUGUCCGUCCGUCCAUCUGUCACCAGGCUGUAUCUCAUGAACCGUAAUAGUUAGAGAGCUGAAGUUUUCACAGAUUAUGUAUUUCUGUUGCCGCUAUAUCAACAAAUACUGAAUAUUAGAAUGAAAUUAAUAUUUUGGACGGCUCCCAUACAACAAACGUGAUUUUUUUGCUCCGGUACGGAACCCAUCGUGCGCGAGUCCGACUCGCACUUGGCCGGUUUUUUUUUCUUUAUGCAUUGUUUUGGUGUUGUCGAUUUUUUUUUAGUAUUUUCAAUUGAAGAAUUGUAAAAGCGUUUUAUUUAGGAAAUAUUUUAUUAGAAUCUGAACAUAGAAUCUGAAAUGAACUUUACUGCUAAGUAUGUGCUUAAGGUAAAUAUUUGAGUGCAUGGAUUUAUUUUGAAAUACUUAGAUAUAAGUAUUAAGUAAAUGAAUGUAUAAAUAGAAUCACGAACAAUAUUUAUAGGUAAGAUCAAAUCAUUGCCUGUGGAAGCUUUUAUUUUUUUAUUUAAAUAGACUUUCAGAACGCUUUAUAAUAGACUCCUCGUAGGUAUAUGGCCCUAGACUAGACCGACAUUAUAAACGUCAGUUUUCUUAAAACAACAGUUUACUAUGAACCAAAACGUUCGAUUUUUAAUGUAAACAGUUGUUUAAAGAAAAACAAGCGUUUGUUCUGUCGGUAACUCGGACCUACGUUAGGGAAUGCACUAGCAAAUAAAUAAAUUUCAAUUUCAAUAUCGGUCGAUCAAAAUAUUCUAUCAACCUGUAGGUACCUAUAUUUGUAUUCUAGGGACUGGUAUUUGAUAUGGGUCCCUUAGAACUUAGAAGUCACGUCAAAUUACUAUAGAUCUCUGGUAAGCAAAUCUACAGCAAAGCAAAUCUACAGCAAAGCAAAUCUAACGGCCGUAAGUAAGGUUCUUGCUGGAUAAAUGGUCCUGUUUUCUUGAAUAUUCCUAAAGGUCAGUCUAAUGUGAAGCGUGCAAGACGAUGAAUGUUGCAUUAAUUGUAAGAUGACAAUUUCUACUGCAAUUAAGUAGUUAAUGUAGUUAAGAAAAUAAAGAAAUACUCAGUUAUUUUGUAA